UCAUGAGCUCCAGAGGUCACAGCACACUACCACGGACUCUCAUGGCCCCUCGGAUGAUUUCCGAGGGAGACAUAGGAGGCAUUGCACAAAUCACCUCCUCGCUCUUCCUAGGCAGAGGCAGUGUGGCCUCUAACCGGCACCUCCUCCAGGCUCGAGGGAUCACCUGCAUCGUUAAUGCGACCAUUGAGAUCCCCAAUUUCAACUGGCCCCAAUUUGAAUAUGUCAAAGUGCCUCUGGCGGACAUGCCUCAUGCCCCCAUUGGACUGUACUUUGACACUGUGGCCGACAAGAUCCACAGUGUGAGCAGGAAGCACCGGGCCACCCUGGUGCACUGUGCUGCAGGGGUGAGCCGCUCGGCCACUCUCUGUAUCGCUUACCUGAUGAAGUACCACAAUGUGUGCCUGCUGGAGGCGUACAGCUGGGUGAAAGCCCGGAGGCCUGUCAUCAGGCCCAAUGUGGGCUUCUGGAGGCAGCUGAUAGACUAUGAGCGCCAGCUCUUUGGGAAGUCGACGGUUAAAAUGGUACAGACACCUUAUGGCGUCGUUCCAGACGUUUAUGAGAAAGAGUCCCGACACCUGAUGCCUUACUGGGGAAUUUAACGCCACCAAAGCCUGCAUCAGCAGCCCCUGAGCAGUACCAGCAUCUGCUAUACACCGUCUGCUCCCCUCUUCACCUUUCUUUUCAGAUGGUUGACUUUUGGUUCUCCCUGAAGUGUUUUUUUUUUACACUGGGUGUUCAAAUUUAUUUUAUGAGACAGAAGGGAGGGGAGGGACACAGGGGAAUGCACACACUGCUAGUAACAUUUUUAAAACUAACAUUUUGGAUAGUGUUUAUGAAAAUCUUUAACUGGCUUUUAAUCAUUUUUAACAAUUUGAACUGUUUACAGACUGCUGGGUUCUGCUCUCUUCUGAAUCCCGGGCCUUUGGGCACCAUGGCUGGUGCUGGAGGAGCUCAGAGCAAACAUCACUUUGGGCCCCGAUGAACCCUUUAGAGACAAGCUUUGCCCAAGGCUGCUGACCAAACAGACGCUUAGGGAAGAUUGAUACCAGCUUCAGUCUCUACUGACUUAGCCCUCCUCCUUUUUCCUUUUCCCUCUAUUAUUUAGUGACUCUGUAAGUUGAAGUAAGGAAACCUUUAUUAUUUAGCUGUUAAGUAAUCAUAAUGAAAUCUGCUGCAAA